AUGCGAGUCCUAAACCUUGGCGUUUUGAUCAAUCUUGCUAUCUCAAUCAACGGUUUGACCGUUGGCCGUAUCAUUCAGGCACGCGGGCCAGUUCCUUCGUCUUCCCCUACCGGAGAUGCUUGGAGGACUAUGCAAUGCUCCCAGAUCCACGGUGACCCUGCAACCCAAUGGCAGGAGGCAGGUGCCAAAUCUGCUUGGGAUGCUACUAUUGCAGCCUGGAAGGAGCAGUCAAACACUCAUGGCUUCCCCCAGUUCUUCAGCAACUAUACUCAUGGGCCUCAAGGUAUGAGGUGUAACGACAUUGUGUCUGACAACCGUUGCUCCCAGCCUGUUGAGUGCACUGAUGAUACUAUCCCAGCCGGUGCUCUGAUUCUGAAUGGGUUUGCGGGUGUCCAUCAACUCCACGCAUCAGUUUUCCAGGCCAUUGGUCUUGCCCAGGCCAGUGUGACAAACAACGUUGGCACCUUCGCGUCUGCAUUCGCCCCACAGCCUAAAGAUAACGGAAACAUGAUCAAGAUGAUCAUCGAUUCAGCAAUGAUAGUCGUUAGCCUUGGCGUAUCUUUGCUGUAUAACGUCUUCCUUCAAGCGAUGGAGAAUGUAAUCGCUAGGGCCAUUGCCGCUGACAUGACGGGCACUAUCCUCGCUACUUCUGUUUCCUACUAUAAGACAAAUAUGAAAGGUGCGAUCGAGGGACUUGGAGUCCAGAAUACCAUCGAUUCGUUUGUAGGCGUGACUAUGACAUCUUGGAAGAAUAUGGAGACAUCUUAUCUGGAUAGUAUAUUUGCUGGGACCUCCGACAGUGGUCUCGAAGCUCUUUAUGCCACAAUCAACAAUGGUACUAUUGCCGCAGCUAUGGACAGGCUUGACCUCGCCCACACAAACACCGACGUGGAAAAGAUCCUCUACGGUCAGAUGAUCUCAUACGCAUGGAGUGUUUCUCCCGAUAAGGCGCGCCCUUUUAUCUGGCAGAGUCAAGAUGCAUGCGACAACGAGACUAAGACUAUCCCAGAGAGUGCCGGCGUGUUCGUUCCAAACACCGUGUCAGCUCUGAUCAAUGUUUGUUACAAAGGGAAGAUGCAUUACUUGCUAAAUGCCCACCAAAAAAGCGGGACUGGCUUCCCUGCCACUGCUCUUCCGGGUGGAACCCGUGAUACUCUGGACGGAAAGCAAUUCGGUGGAAUUACGAUUGAAGAUAUUGUGAUCAGCAGCAUUGAUGGAUGGUCUAAUAACAACCAGACGAAUGGAUAUCCAAGGGCCAAUAUUGAUGGUAUCGUGGCCAGCUUCGGUGGGGAUAUUGUCCCUAGUGUCCGAACUCCUGGAUUCUUUAGUUUACCGGUAUGUAUAAAUGGUGGCGUCGCCUCUCAGAAUAUAGUAUACAACCGGGACACAGGAUCACCAUAUUUCCCUUGUGAAAACCCCGAGGGGUACACCAGCACUGGUACCAAUAUUCAUGUUAGCAGGGGUUGCAUUGUGAUCAAUGAUGCAAAACGCUGCCAGACCUGGGGCGGAGCCUACAACGUCGCGGAUCAAAACACUGCCAAUAGUACCGCUACUAUUUAUGCCAUGUUCGACGGCGACAAUGAGCUUGAUCAAGUGACACCUGGUUGCAAGAUUAUGGCAACAUGGCCUCGCGAUUACGGUGAUCUGGACUUCUCUGAUAACUGCCUGAAGGAUCGCAGCGGACUGUACAGCCAGUGCUGCGACACGGACACGCCCAAUACUGAUGUUGUCAGUAAUCCAUAUUCCCAUUCACCCAGGUGA